AUGCGCGGGCUCAACUCCCUUCUUUUCGCUGUAACCACACUCUGGGGUUCUGUAUCUGGCCUCGCCCUCACCUUUGAAGCCCACCACGACGGACUCAACGUCAACCGGCGUCUCGAUUGCUACCGUACGCCAGACUGCCAAGACCUUCGCGUGAAACAGUGCAGGCCGGGCUACACCUACGUCGGAUGGGCGAAAGACUCGUGCCACGAGCCAAUUUGCUGCCACGACGACACCGUGGAGCGCUUUGGCGUCGACGCCAACGGGAAGAAGAGGGAAUGCAUAUGGCGCGGCACCGGUCCGAACUGCAACGGCGCCGGCGAAGAAGGCGAAGUCGUCCUGUUCAAGUCCGGCAACGGCGGGGGCCCGACCGAGUCCGACCAGAGCCAGUGUUCUACGGGGUAUAAGUACUUCACGUGUCCCUUGCCGGGCUGGGAUCAGAUGAUGGCCGAGUGUCGAUGGACUGAAUGGGGAGAGACGUACUGA